CCCUGCGGUCCGCUGCGCCCCGUAAGGUGCAUUCGCUCAUACCGAAUGAUGCUCGUUCGCAAUCCACGGUCCCGAUGUACUUCUUCGCAAGUCAUCUGACAGUGGCCGGAGCCGCAUAACACCUCCCGAGCACCCUCGAUUUUGUUGCACGGCCAGGAUCUACUGUUCACCUGUCCUAUUUGAACAGCUUCUGGUGGACUAGGGCUCAGCUGAGCUCUACAAAAGGCAGGAUUGUCAUGCUGAUUAUUUCUGCCGUCUGCUUCGACCGCUAUGCUGCACCCAAACGAUGUCAUGUCAUGUCGUGCGCAUUCCGUAUCUUCUUUCUUUGUAAUAAUGACACUGCACCGGAUCGUAUAUUAAGUCUGACAAGUACCAGUAAUGCCUCUGAGUAGCGAGGACCCGCGUCUCCACGAGCUGUUUCCAUUAUGACAAUCCCAAAUGCAGUCUGGCUGCCUUAUUUUGCCUUGAUUUCUCUAUGUGCUGCACAGAGCGGCUCAUUUAGCUCAGCCCCCGUCUCUACCACUAGUCUCUUCUCGACGAAUCCUGCUUCAAGCACGUCGAUAUUGUCGCCAUCAACGAACUUAGCAUCCAGCUCACCAAGCCUUUCUCCGUCAACUAGCUUAGCUUCUAGCCCAUCAAGCUUUGCUCCGUCAACGAGUAUCGUCUCUGGCUCAACGAGUUUUGCAUCGUCCUCUCUCACCAUCACAUCUGCACCUUCAACGUCAACCUUUUCUUCACCUGGAGCAACAGGCUCGUCAAGCGCAUUCCCGUCCAGUGCACCAUUCAUUCCAAUUGGUUCCAUUCCGCGCAAUUACUCACCGGAGGCACUCAAUGAACUGUGGGACCUUGUUGGUGAAGUUGCGGAGCCGCCAUUUACUACGACUGUCGAGGCUGUUGUUCCCGUCACUCUACCUUCAUCUGCUCCUCCAGUUUAUCCGACAUGGUAUGCGCCCGUACCCGCAAAAGUCCUUCCAGAUCUGAAACUACCCAAAAACUUCAAGUUCGGUGUAGCCACCGCUGCAUAUCAAGUUGAGGGUGCAACAAAGCUUGAAGGCAAAGGACCAACUACCUGGGACUGGGCGGGCCGUCAACCCGGUGCUAUCGCUGAUGGCACGAACGGGGACAUCGUGGACUUACAAUAUCUGCUGUACAAAAACGACACUGCUCGAGUUUCUGCUCUCGGUUUGAAUACACAUUCAUUUUCGAUCUCCUGGGCGCGCAUUUUCCCUUUUGGCACGAGGGAUUCUCCAGUGAACCAGCAGGGAUUGGACCACUACUCCGAUCUAAUUGAUUAUUCCAUCUCAUUGGGAGUUGAACCUGUUGCCACACUUUUCCACUGGGACAUGCCACUUGCACUUGUUGCAUACUAUGGUGGCCUUACGUCUGAAGAAUUUGUAGAAGACUUCGCAUACUAUGCGAGUACGGUAUUCAAAGCGUAUAAAGGCCGUGUGAAAACUUGGUACACGUUCAAUGAACCACAUGUUUACUGUGGCCAAAUUACAACGUACCCAUUCACUUCAAUGCUGUCCCCGAAUGUGACAACUGCCAAUGCAUUAUACCACUGCGGCUAUUACUUAUUAAAAGCCCACGCUAGGGCAGUGAAAUUGUUCCGCGAAAUGGGCAUCGAAGGCGAGAUCGCUUUCAAAAAUGACGGUGCUGUGGGUCAGCAAUGGCGUCUAAACUCAACAGACGAUGCAGAGGCAGUGGAGCGCAGUGCAGCAUUCCAUAUCGGAAUGUUCAGUGAACCUGUUUAUGUCUCUGGAGACUGGCCUGACCUCAUGAAGGAAACUCUCAACGAAACACUGCUCCCACGUUUCACGGAUGAAGAGAAGAAAGAGCUGAAGGGUUCCGCAGAUUUCUUCGCGAUUGAUGCAUACAGCAGUGCAUGGACGGCUGCACCAGAAAAUGGCAUAGCGGCAUGUGUUGCGAACUCAAACGACGUAAAUUGGCCUGCAUGCAAUAUUGAAGUGCGAUAUGACGCAGCGACUGGAUGGCCUGUUGGCAUCGCCGCCGAAGCGGCUGCUUCCUGGCUCACUGCAACUCCGCAGAAUCUUCGGUAUGAAUUGAAGCAGAUUAUGCAGCGAUGGAAACCAAAGAAGAUCUACAUCUCCGAAUUUGGCUUCGUAGUUCCGGAAGAAGGUGUACGAACUGAUUUAUCGUUUAUCCUGGACGAUGCACCCCGCACCAAUUACUACAUGACAUAUCUUGGUGAAAGUCUCCUUGCGAUCCACGAAGACAAUAUUCCGUUGGAAGGGAUUUUCGCUUGGUCGAUGAUAGAUAAUGCUGAAUGGGCAACCGGAAUAACAGCCUCGCACUUCGGGAUUCAGCACGUCAACUAUACCAGCCUUGAGCGGCACUUCAAACGCUCCGCACUUGCUUUAACGGAGUUCUAUACAUCGCAUAAAACUUAA